GGGCGCUGCUAGACUGGGCAGUGGGGCGGCUGCUGGAAGGCGAGGAAAGGGGAAGCAGCGGAAGCGGGAGCGGAAGCGAGUCAGGGGACGACGAGGGGGAUGCUAGUGAAAGCGGGAGUGGAAGCAAGACAGGCAGCGAGGAAAGACCCAUCGAAGCCGUGCUGGCGGAGGUGGAAGCGGCUGUUGCGGUUGUGGAGGCGGCAGCUAACUGCGGCGGCAGCAGCGGAGGAGGAGGCGGUGAUGAAGUUGUGAGGGCGGCAGCAGCCAGGGUGCUGCCUCCGCCGGUGGCGGUGCCGCUGUCGUGCGGCGUGUUGCGGAUGUGCGGCAACCCGAGGUGCGGCAACUACAGCGGCGAGGCCGAGGGCGACCUGAAGCGGCUGCGGGUGCUGCGGAGGUGCGGCGGCUGCCGUGCCGUACAUUACUGCAGCGUGGAGUGCCAGAAGCAGCACUGGGAGGAGGGGGGGCACAAGCCGGAUUGCAUGGCGUCUAGGAGGCUUGAGCUGCAGGGUGCCGCUUGCUGUUAGGGGUUGCUAGACGCGCAGGUUGUGUUUUGGAGGUGUGAUGUGUGAUGCGUUGCGGGUAGUGGGAAAGCGGGUUUUGAGUGGCAAGGGGGCUCGCGGAGGUACGGUAACUUGCGUUUGAGGGGCUCGGGAGGUCAGGUACCAUGUACCCAUGUGGCGUGUGUCCAACGGAAACCGUUGGGACACGGGACACGGGACAUAGGGGGAGUGUGAUAUGCAGUGAGCACUGCAAAGGUGCACAGACAUGGGUUUUAAAGCGGGUUGGCGCUUGCUGCAAGAAGCGAGCUGCAUGCGGGUGUUGCUUGGUCGGUGGUGCCGUCGCUGUGGCCGGAGCCAAGGAUUGUGAGUUCUACUCUUCAUACCCGGAAGGGAAUGGGAAACACCCUGUGGUUAGCGGCGUCCUAGUGUACGGCAGUCGCAGCGAGGGUCAUACAUAGAGCAGGGGGAUAAAUGACAUCGCUAAGACAUCGCCUGUUUGACCAAGGACACGAGUUGCCGUGUUUGUUUUGGAGACGCUAAUAGCCUGGUGACACGACGUUACUUUCUACGUUACGUUACAUGGAACCCACGUUGAACGUAGCGGCCCAAACGUAGGUCUCGGUCACAUGCUACGUUCGUACGCCAAACUCAACGCCACGUUAGUAGGGACUUUUCCGAGAUUCAUGUUAUUCAUUGCCAAAUGGCUACCAGUUUGGUUGCCCUGGCUCGUUCCCAACCACGACGGCCCCAUGCCACGUUGGCUCUGGUCAUUCGUGACUUAGGCGUUAUGGUUGAUUGGGUUAAGAUGGGCAUGCGCUUCUCUGACCGUGAGGACGCUGAGUAUGUUGGCCACAUCUGCCUCGACAAGGCAGUGUUCAGAAAACUAUACCAG